AUGAUAUAUCCUGCACAUAAAAUUUUAACUUUUUUAAAGGAGAUUCAAUGUGAAAUAAUAAUGGGUAGCAAAAUAUGCAGAAUUAUUAGACAAAAGGUAUAUUAUGAUCUCUUUCUAAUAUUUCCACUGCUAUUGUUUGUUUAUUGUAAAUCUGAGGAUAUAAUAAAUGUAAAGUUUACUUAUCCAUCAGAAGUAGGGUUAGAGUCUAAUAUAAUUCAAGCUAAUUUAGAUGAUACACUAUCUUCUGUAAUUGAGUAUGGUUAUAAAGAACUUGAUAAUGUAUUGGGAUCAGACUUCCGGAGUCAUUUUAAUAUUUAUAUAAAUAUGGAACAAAUUACUGUCGACUAUCAAAAGUUUGCUAUAAGAAAUUUUUUAUUACCAAGAGAAUCACAACUUGAUAUAAACUUCAUUUUUACAGAAGAAAUGAAAAAUUAUCUAGUUUCUGGAAAUUAUACUGAAUCUAAUAUUAAUAAGAAGAUUCCUAGUACUGAACCUGAACUUAAAACUGACGCAGCAGAUGAUAAAGAAUCUUUUGAUAAUACAUCUAAUGGAGUUCUAAUUUUUCGAUUUCUACCUAUUAAUUCAGAUAUGAUUAUCUCGCCAUCUGAAUUACCCAGUACUGUAACAGUAAAAUGUAAUUUCCCGCUAUCAUUUAAAGAGUUAAUGAAUCUUAUUAAGCAAUAUACAGAUAGCACUGGAUAUUUAAUAGAGUCAAUUGGAAAUAAAGAUAAAAAAGGGGUCAAUAAACUUGACGAAAUACAGAUUAAGGGGGAAGAUGCCCAGGCAAGUGUUAGGAAUGGUGAAAUUUUGUAUAUAUAUGUAAGUGACGAUCCUAGUAGGCAAUUAGGGGGAAAAGUAACUCCAAAUCCUGACUCACCAGAAAAUUUUUCGAAUAUUAUAUCACCUGAAUCCGAAAUAUCUAAUAAAAUUCCAGUUAUGAUAUCUUUCUCUAAUUCUGUAAAUCAGAUACCUGAAAUGUUUUUUAUAUCUCCAAAUGAAGAUUUGUCAACACUAGUAGAGUUUAUUAUAAAAAUUAAAAACUUAAAUAAUGAAAAAGUAUCUAUUACUCUUCAAGAUCAAACAGGAGCCGUUCUUAAAAAUAAUGGAGUUUUUUUAAAUGAAUAUCUGCCUAAAGGAGCUCAAUUUACAACUAAUUCUCCAUUUUAUAUUUUUGUAUCAAUAUACAAGCAAGAUGAAAAUUUGGAAGGUUUAGAACAUAUACAAAAUAUUAAAAAUAAAGAAUCAGUAGCUGAUAAAUAUGAAGAAGGGAAUCUGAUCUCAGAAAAAAGUAUGAGUACUCCCAAGGAUUCUGAAAAAAAGCAGUUUAGUGCAAGCUUUAAUAAGGAACAUCCAUCAUGGAUUGAUGAAUCAGUAUCUAAUAUCCCUAUAAAUAUAUCUAAGGAACUUACUACUCAUAGUUUGGUGACUUUUGUGUAUACAGAGGAAAAUUUAAGCUUAUCUAUAGAGAAUGAUCCAGCUAUAGCAACUAUAGCCUCUCUUUAUGCUCAAGCUCAAAUUUUUUGGGCUUCUUUGAAAUCUAAAAAACACAAAACAAACUUUGUACUAUAUUUUAUAUCAAAAGAAGAGGAUAAAAAGGAAUUGUUGAAUCCAAAUAGUCAGAACUUACUAAUAUCAUCAACUUUCUUUUCGCAAGAUAUUAUUCUAGAGCUAAAACCUGUAAAGUUUGUAAGUGUAGAUAUUAUUUUGCAUUUAGUGGAUUCUGAUGAAAAAGAAGAUCCUAAAUUUACAAAUGCAGUAACAAUAAAAAUUCCAGAGAUAAUUUCGGUUUUAGAUUUUUUGUAUAUGUUAUAUAGUUCUGAACCCAAAAUAUUUUCAAUGAUUGUAGUGAAAGGAAUUGAAGUGCAGCUUGGAACAGACAAAGUUAUGGAAUACUUGCAAUUUCCUGAUUCACCAUCUCCCACGACUUAUAUAAAUUUAGUUGAAGCACCUAAAUCAAGUAAAAAUAUAGUUAUUAAUGUGACAUUAAGUAGGGAUAUUAAAGUAAUCCUCUUGGUUAAUAAACAAAAUUUAAUUGGAAUAUUGGAAGAUUCUAAUAAAGAUUUAGAUGAAUCUAGUGACUUUACUGAAGAAAAACAGGGAAAAAAGUAUAUCAAAAUAAAAGUUCAGGCAAAAUCAGGUAUGACUUGUAAGAAAUUUAUUGACUCUUUUGUAAAGAAACAAUUAAUUUCAACUGAUGAUCCAAAUGAUGUAUUCUUACAACAACCAAAAUCACAUAAUUAUGUUAGAGAUAAUGCAAUCCUUGAGCAUCUAUUUUCUUUAGAAGAUGAUGGUGAACAAAAUUUAACCUUCAUUGUUAAGAUAAUUCCUAAAUAUUCAAUUAAGGCUGAAUUUCAAACUCCUCAAGGUAAAAAAUAUCCUAUGCCAUUAGUAAUAAACUUACAAAGAAUAACAAACCUUGGAACCCUUCAAAGUGCUAUAAAAAGUAAAGCUAUUGAACGAGGAUUAAUUUCUGAAAAAGGAAAUGUCGUAAUAGCUUCCCCAAUGGAUAUUGGAGAAGAAUAUAGAAAAUUUGUAUAUAGCAUUCCAGAUAUAAAAAAUUCUGUAGGACUUACUGGUUUUGUUCCUGGAGAUAUUAUCAGAGCUAUUCUAGUUCCAGAAUUAGAACUUAAUACUAAUAAAAAUGUAGGGUUAAAUAGUAAAUUGCAAAGUCCAAUUGGGAAUGCUAAUAGAAAAGUCCCGAAUCCACUUUUAGCAAAGUUAUUCCAAACUGAUGGUCCAUCUUUUGAUAUACCUCUUACAAUAAAAAAUUGUCCUCUUAAUACUUUGCUAGAGCAACGAUAUUUUAUAGCUAAAGUGCCGUUAUUUAUUAAUGUAAAUAGCUUGAAACUUAUUGUGGAUGAUACUGCUAGCCUGGGAGGUAUUUGGUUUUCUUUAAAAUUAAAUACUGACAAGGGCAAUGUAGACUUAAUUAAUGACAACGAUGUGCUUAGUGACUUGGGAUUUACUGAGACAUCUAUUUUGAUAGCAGAUUGCAAAUUAGAUAAAGCUGCAAUUGAAAAAAGUAAAACUGAUAUAUCUAAAAAGCUUCUAAAAGAGAAGUCCAUUGCUCAAGUUAUGGUAGAAGAUAGUUGCUCUCUUGGAAAUUCGGGGCUCUGUGAUGAACCUUCUGGAGAAAUUUUAGAUAUAGCUUUAAAACAUCGAAGUAAUUUAGAACAGAUUACUGAUGAAUCUUCAUUUGAUGAUAUAUCUGAUGAAAACAUUCAGAAUAGAAAAAAAGUUAAUGAAGAAACUUUCAAGGAUUUUCAGAAAUUUUUUGGUUCAGUAAAGAAAUAUGAAAGAAAGGAGUUAUCUAAUCCUGAGAACAAACUACUAAUAAAUUCAAUAAUCAAAAAGGAAAUCAAGGAUAUUAAGAAGAAUGAACUGAGUUUUAAAGAAAUUGAUAAUUUAUUAACAAAACUUUUACAGAAAUAUGCACUCAAUGAUGAAAAAGGAAUUUUGGAAUUUUCAGAAACUAUAGAACCAGAACAAUUGAGUCAGCUUUUUGAAUAUAUGGAUACACCAGAAGGGAAGUUACAUAUUAAAAAAAUCUCAAAAAGACUCGCAAAUAAACUUGCUGGUGAUAAAAGGAAGAAUCUACAAAUAAAAGAUAAAUCGUCUAUUAUCUAUAGUAAGGCUAGGAAAUUAAAUGGCCCAAGUAAUGAAAACAUAAAAUCUUACAAAAGAGUACCACAAAAACAUAAACUAAAAAGUUCUAAAUUAUUAAAAAAUCAAAUGACAGAAGAUGAUUAUUUAAUUCCAAAUAUUCAGUAUUCAACUGAAUCUUCAGAAAAUUUAGCUCCUCAAAUACCUAUUGAAAGGUUCCAAAGUACCUAUAGCAAUACUGGUAAAUCUGAUUUGCGAAUUAUGGAUAAUUUUAAAGGGAAAAAGUCCAAAAAACUAAAGAGUAGGGUUAUGAAAGCUUUAAAGAAAAUCCCUUUUAUAACAACAAGAUUUUAUAAUAUUUAUAGACGUGUUGCUCCUUCUCAUAGAAAAAAAAAGAAAAAAGCUAAGAAGUUUGUGGAUCUUAUAAAGAAGUACGAGAUGAUUUUUAGAGAAAGAGCUUAUGGAGAAAGUCAACAAACAGGUCCUCCUGAAGCUCCAGUAACACCACUUGUAAUUAAGCAAAUUAGAAUAAUAAGAAAUGAAAAUCAAGAUUUGUAUAGCUCAAUAGAUGAUGACGAAGAUGACUAUGAUGAUAUAUCUAGUUUAAUAUUAGGCAAUCGGGUCUAUUAA